UUAAUUACAUAGAAAGUGCUAUGUACUUCCAUAGUGUUUUCUGAAGAUGUCCAUUAUUUGCUCCACUGCUACUGUUACUUUUGGUCAGAAAACAUUCAGUUAAGGAAGCAUGGCGUCUAUCCUUCCAUUUGAAGGCCUAAUUGCAACACCAGAAAUCAUGUGUCUGAAAAAUGUUGGAGAGAUCUGUUAUACUUAGACGAAACAAGAAAGUAAAGAUGUACUGGCCAGUUUUGAGAUCUGGAAUAUAUUUGGUUCUGUUUAUCAGUUAUACCCUAUUAAUUGUACAUCUGUUGCAAGUCACUGACAUUCUCUCACCUUUUUCACAUAUUUGAUGGAUUGGCGAUCCAUGGAAAUCUACGGCAACACAAAAGAUCCAAAUGGACCGAUGUACUACAAUGGCAUCUACCAUUUAUUCUUCCAGCAUAACCCCAAUGGCCCCCAAUGGGGUGACAUUGUCUGGGGCCAUUCGGUUUCGACCGACCUUGUCAACUGGAUCAUACUUGAACCCGCAAUAGAACCGGAUACGCCAGGUGACAUAAGAGGUUGCUGGUCCGGCUCAGCUACAAUUCUUUUCGGUGGUCAACCGGUCAUCAUGUACACCGGUGGCGACGUAGAGAAUCAUCAGGUCCAAAACAUUGCGCUUCCUAAGAACCGGUCUGACCUGUACCUUAGAGAAUGGACCAAGGCAGGCAAUAACCCGGUGCUCCAACCGGUUGGACCAGGAAUGAACCCGGGCGAGUUUAGGGAUCCGACGACGGGUUGGAUCGGACCGGAUGGACUAUGGAGAAUUGCAAUUGGAGCCGAGGUGAACGGUUACAGUGCAGCACUUUUGUACAAGAGUGAAGACUUUCUGAAUUGGAGUAGAGUUGAUCACCCACUGUAUUCAUCCAGUGCCUCCACUAUGUGGGAGUGCCUGGACUUCUUCGCGGUAAUACCGGGCAGUAACGGUGGACUGGACCUGUCCGCAGCCAUUCCGAAAGGCGCCAAACAUGUCCUCAAAGUCAGCGAGGAUCAAUGUGACGAGUAA